AUGAUAUUCGAUCCAAUACAACGCUGGAUGAGGACGGUUGUGCAUACGCCGGACAUGGCGGCUGCGCGACGAGAGAGAAUAUCAGGAAUAAAAAGUGUAUCGUGGGGUUCCGACAGAGAGCAGCUAUGCUGCACCGUCUGGUUUGUGGUUGUGGUGGUGAGAGCUAAACAAUUCUGCUCCCGACAACCACUGACAUCUCUGACAAACCUAAAUAACAAGCAUGGUCAGAUAAAUCGUAUUGUGACUUGUUCUACGAAUGAUGACCAUGAAAAUGCCUCGACAUCACUUUUACCGCUGGCAGUAUGUAAACUAUGCUCCUUGAUUGUAGUCCAUUUGCCUGAACCCGCACCCGCACCGCUUGGGCUACAACUGGCCAUGCGACUUGCCAGACAGGACCAGUAUGUCCUGUCAGUGUGUGCGCUGACCACACUCUUCUGGGUGGAGCCAGUAACAGCCGUAGCAGAGGUUGGAGAUGCCAGGUCAAAAACCUUGAUAGUUCGGUCUGAAGAACAAGUCGCUAGCCGCUUUCCGUAA